AUGCAGCAACAACAAAGCCUCCGUCUACCGCCCCUGCAACUGCAACACCAAAUCAACACCACAGAAGCUGCACGAACAUUUCCCUUGACCGAAUACCGCGACAACGACUCCAACCCACCGACGACACCGACGUCUGACCGGCAACGAAGUCAAAGUGCUGAUCGGACGCUGUCCUCCGCAAUCCCCAGAUCCCGUCGGAAGCCCACCACGCCUAGUCCACUUCAUACUACGACCACGGCGUCCGACGACAUUUACAACAGCUCGACCGCUUGCGAUCCGUCGUCCCUGCACGCGAGCAUACCUCAGAUUAACAACGGCCGACCCCAAAAGGGCCAGUUGCCUCCAACGGCCGCCAUUGAGCAAACUCAAUUGUACACUCAACAACAGAGUUUAACCACCACCACGACCUCCGACGAACCACACAUCACGUCAUCAUUUCGACGAAUUCCUCAUGAUACCCAGAGUGCACCCGACAUCGUGAGACCUUCGACGCAGCCGGAAGGGUCUCAGGCCUGGCCACCGAUCACCAUGGCUGGACCUCGAGUGGAAGCGGCCAAGGGGGCUCCUCGCAACUCGUCCAUUGACUCUGCCAUUUCGGCCAUCUCGACCAGCUCACAUUCACACAAAAAUCUGAAAGCCUCGACCGAAAGCCCGACGGGGCCUUUGGAUAUUGGCAACUUGAUCAAGGCUGCAGGUAGUGCCGAGGCGGUUAUCCAGUAUCUCCUGAAAGAAAAAGCAUCACAAGCUCAGCAAAAUUCACAACUAUGGAGGCUCGUGGAUAAGCAAAGGGCCAUGAUCUUGGGCUUAAACAAGGAUUUGGAAAGAGCGUUGAAGGACAAAGAAAAAUAUCGGAAGAAGCUUAAAGAGGUUCUGGUCGCUCCUCAAGUACCGCCGCUGCCAACAACAGCGUCCUUGGAAAGGUCAAUGACGGACCCAACGACCUCGAGCCGUCCUCCUCAGCUGCAAAAGCUUGAUGUCCCUCUCUCCCCGGCUUUGGAUUCCGACAGCCAGAAGCACUCUCCCAUCGAGGUUGCACUGGCACCCUACCCCAUCACACCUCCUGCAGAUCAACCAAAUGGCCCCCCAACGGCUGUUGGAGAAAUGCUUGAUCCUACCCACACGAUGCCCAAGGCUCAUGAGCACGCCCUCGACCAGUACGAUCACGAAGCAGAGGAACGUGAGGCCGAGGACGCCCGCAAGGUGGCCGAAGAACUGGAAAUCCCCAUUCAUCUGGCGAUGCCCCCGACAAGAAGCCCCCCGAGCGAUCCGCCGCGGAUGCCACCUCCUAAACCACCAUCACCUUCCAUGAGCUCCGGUGCCGGUCUCAGCCAGUUUCCUCUUCCUCCCGCACCGCCACCACGGAAGCCGCCUCCAGCGCCGAUACAAAUUGAAGCUACGCAGACGUCGACUGAUGAUGGUGAGGCUGAUCUCGACUCCACCGAUUCGGAUUUGGAUGGCCUGAUCGGGGUUGCCAACGGAGCAGACGUCGAGAGGAGAGGACGACGCAGAACACGCGAGGAGGACGAGCACGAUCGAGAGAUCAUCGCUUUGAAGGAGGCUGAGAGGCGCAGCCUUUCCAAGAAGAGCAACAAAAGCACAGCAAGUGCCAAGGGUACGCCCAGGGAAGAAUUGCCAGUUCCCAGCCUUCCGGCAAGCCCGCGGAACAUCUCAAACGGAAACCAGGUUGAACGCCCGUCUAUGUUGACCAUAUUAAAAGCUGAUGAAAGAAACAAUGCGCUCCCACUGCCACCACCAUUAAUGAGCCCUGGUCUUCCUUCUAGCCCUCGGCCGUUCGCCGCAGGUCCAGCUAACUCAUCGUUCAGCACACCACCGCUUUCCCCUCGCCAACUUGGUGCUUUUGCGAGUGCCCCAUUGUCACCGCGGCCACCACGCCAGCCGAUACCCUUACCACUGAACACCCCGCAACAAACCCCGCCAUCCGAGGAACUGAAAUCGCCUAAACCAUUGAACAUUGUCAAGAAGGCUAUGGACGCUCUUACGGCGACGAGCCCCACCAAGCAUACGAGCUCGCGUGACAGCCCGGUGGGAGAAGCUCAAGUUUACACUGGUUUCAUCACGGAAGAAUAUCCAGAUCUGCUUCUUCCCCCCAAUGCACUGCUCUCGAUUGAAGUAAAGGUGGCAUCAUCAAGAAUGAAGCCAUCCCGUGCCAGCCUUCUCUCGCUCACUCAGCUUGAGGAGGACCCUGUGUUCACUCUGGCGGUUCUGUUACGGGGUCAAGGUACCGAGCUCUGGCGAGUGGAAAAGGAUUCAGUAUCCCUUGCAAAACUCGAUCAACGAUUGAAGCAGUGCCCGGCCUUUACCGCCAAAACACCUGAUCGAUCUCUCUUCAGUGGUCACGCCCCUGCGAAGCUCGAUGCUAGGCGCAUGGCACUGGACCAGUAUCUCGACGAGCUGUUGAACACACCUUUGGACACGGAAACAGCCAUCGAGCUUUGCAGAUACCUUUCGACGAACACCCUUCCGGCAAACGCAGACGAAACGGGAAUUGCAAUCGCGCGACCUGAUAGCCAGCCACAAAAGACGGGACCUGGCGGCCGUCCCUUCAGGACUGGCUACCUCACCAAACGUGGCAAGAACUUUGGCGGUUGGAAAGCUAGGUUCUUUGUGCUUGAGGGUCCUCAGCUACGAUACUACGAGACCCCUGGUGGUGCGCACCUUGGAACCAUCAAGCUGCAAAAGGCUCAGAUCGGAAAGCAGUCGGCACCUCAGACGAACGGCACGUCCUCUCCGUCGUCGGCCGCAGGCGGGAGCGAAGAGAUGGACAACCAAUAUCGCCACGCUUUCCUCAUCCUCGAGCCCAAGAAGAAGGAUCCGUCAUCGAUGACCAAGCACGUUCUAUGCGCUGAGAGUGACACAGAACGCGAUCAGUGGGUGGAUGCUCUCCUGCGCUGGAUCGACUACCGAGAUCCCGAGGAGGAAGAUGUCAAGAAGAAGGAGGUGUUGAAGAAGGAGUCAAAGCAGGGCCAAUCAGGGGAUGGACGUGUCGCGCGUUCGAACUCGAAACAGAAGAAGUCUGGUCGGCCCCAAAAGCAGCAAGACAACGAGUCCCUGAUUUCUGUCAACUAUGAGGCCACACAACAAGGCGAGAUGCCUCACUCGGCACCAGGCCGCAAGGGCAGUGCAGGGCCCAAUUAUGACCAGCCCUUACCGACUCCUAUGGGCAUGAGCUCUCAUCAAAGCUUUGCCAUCUCGGGUCCUCAGAACCCACAGCCUAUCUCGGAUUCGGCCUCUUGGGGAAGCAGGAAUGGAGGCAGUGGCCUGGUACCACCCGAUGAAAAGAAGAUUAGGAAGCGCAGCUUCUUCGGCUUCGCUACCAAGCAACCACGUGCCUCGAGCGAUGGCACUGACUCUCUGUUUGGGGGAGAGUCCAGCAGUGGACCAAAUGCGGCCUCCGGCCACCCUACAGGCCCCUUCCGGCAAGUGUUCGGUGCUCCUCUGUCUGAGGCUGUGAGGUAUAACGCGCCAUUCGAUGUCAAGGUUCCUCUCCCUGCGGUGGUCUACCGCUGCAUUCAGUAUCUCGAAGCAAACAACGCACUGAACGAGGAAGGAAUAUUCAGGCUCAGUGGCUCAAACGUGGUAAUCAAGCAGCUCCGUGAGCGGUUCAACACGGAGAGCGACGUAAACCUCAUUGCUGACGAGGCUUACCACGAUAUUCAUGCUGUUGCCUCCCUUCUCAAGCUGUACCUCAGGGAGCUUCCGACGACUAUCCUUACCAGGGAUCUUCAUAUGCAUUUCGUCUCGGUGACUGAGAUGCCCAACUCGGCUGCCAAGAUUGCUGCGCUAAACGAGUUGGUUGACAGGCUGCCUACUGCAAAUGCCACUCUACUCAAGUACUUGAUUGCCUUCUUGAUCAGAAUCAUCAACAAGUCAAACAUCAACAAGAUGACCGUCCGCAAUGUUGGUAUCGUCUUCUCGCCGACCCUCAACAUUCCUGCUCCUGUGUUCGCCAUGUUCCUUCAGAACUACGAAGGUAUCUUUGGCAUCGACGCGGAGCAGUAUGAGCUGCCUCUGCAGCGAGACGGCCCGGGAGAGCAGUCUAGGCAUCAUGAAGAGGACGCCCGUAGCGUCGACAUGAACUCGAUGUCUAUGCAACGACCGUCGGCGGGCCCCAGGCGCCCAUCGAUGGCCUCGAUUGAGCAGGUGCGCCCAAUGACUUCGGGACAGAGUGGCUCACCUCAUCGCCAGCGCUUGGCGGAGCAGGAACGGCAGCGGAGCUCUCCGGAACCCAGGAUAGGACUAGGUCAGCUCACCAGUAACCAGAUGAGGUCGAAUCCGACGUCCUCGCAGCAGCAGCAACAGCUGCAACCAGCUUACGAUCCGCAAUAUUUGUCGCAACAGGGCUAUCAAGGCAUCCCCACUGCUAUGUCGAAUAGACCGGCGUACGAAGGGGGUUUUGCGAUGCCGCAGAGUUUUGACAUGUCGCAGCUCCACACACCAACUGGACCACGGAUGGUUAACCCAGGAUACGACAGGCCGUUGUACGAAGGUGCCCCUUCUGCUAGCAGCGCUGGAUAUGACGCCUAUAAUCCCGGUAGUUCGAGGUCUAACCGCCGUGAAAGCGUCCUGAUGGGCGGCGCCAUGAUGGGAGGGCUGAACAACCAAGGCUCGAGGAGCCGGCUAAACCAAGAGACUCAUUACUAG